CGUCGAUAGCGCGAUAAACUCUUGCCUGAAAUAAAUCCAAUCAACCUCGAUAAAUGAGUCGCACAAAGUAUUCCACCAACUCUCAAAGAUGUUGCGAGACAAUUUCUUAAAAUACAUCAGCAAGAGCUCCUACCUGAAAACCUGCGAAGAAUUCAAGAAAUUCAUCGACAAAGAGGAAUUCACCGAAAAUGAUCGUCGAGAACUUCUUCAGAUUUUGUGUGAUCGUCUCAUCGAACGAGGGGGGGGUGCAACCAUUAUCGACAAUUUUCCCCAUUUUUUCCCCAUAAUGCUCUCGAUGGUAAUUCCCCUCGAGUCAUGGGGACGCCCCACAGGGACUGCACUGUCCCACGAGAAAAAAUGCAUCCUCCUGGGUGAAUGGAUGAACCAGCACCCAGACGUCCUGGGCCACACACUGCGAUACUUCGAGACCCGCCCAGCGCCCUUCGAGCCCCUCCCAGAGGCCCCAGAAUUUACCAACAAGCGUCCAAAACUCGAGACAGAAGCAUCCACCUCUAAACAAUCCGAAAAGCCCUCUGACGAAGAAAUUGUCAAGGCAACCUACAAAAUCCUGAAGGCAUCUCCCACUCACUUCAAACGCAAAUGGAACUGGUCAAAGUUCUACCAUUACUUGGACCACAAAAGUGAGAACGUUCGGUUUAUCGUCAUCAAAUGCCUGGGGAUAGUCCUGGAGAUGUCAGAGAAGAGGGCAAUGUCCUGGAUCAAAUCGUCGAUCCCAAGUUAUUCCAAUCGCACCCUUAAAUACGCCCUUGGAAAUGAAUUGGACCCACCUGCACUGCUGACAGAGGAUUACGACGUGAGAGGAGUUGAGGAGUGCCUCGAGGGCUCAACCCUGGUAUCAAUCGCAGGAGUCCUGUUACCCACCUUCAAGAAGGAUGCCUCACAGUCCCUCAGCCUCGUCCCAGUCCCCUCGAUGGAGUCAAACCUACGAAAUCUGGCACUGGCAGUGGCUUCGAGAAAGGCUGUGUGCCUUCAGGGGCCAGUUGGCUGUGGAAAGACAGCCCUCGUCGAGUAUCUGGCUCAAAUGACUGGCAGGGGACAAUCAGACAUCAUCAAGGUCCAGCUGGGAGACCAGACGGACUCAAAAAUGCUUCUUGGAAUGUACAGGUGCACAGACAUACCUGGGGAAUUCGUCUGGCAGGCUGGUGUACUGACUCAGGCUGUUUUAUCUGGCAAAUGGCUGGUGUUGGAGGACAUUGACAGUGCAGCGCUGGACGUUGCCAGUGUCCUCAGCAGCCUGAUGGAGACUGGAACCCUCUCUGUACCUGGAUAUCGUGACACAGUCUACGCUAAGAGUGGCUUCCAACUGUUCGUCACCCAGAGACUGAUCACAACGAUGACUGGGGCCUUCAGGCAGUCGUCAGGUGCCUCUGAUCUACUGGGGAAACACUGGUUUUGCGUCCAUAUGGAGCCUUUAUCCAAGGAGGAGCUGAUCACAGUUGUUCAGACAAUUUUUCCACAGCUUUCGACAAUCGCCACGAAGAUUGUCAAUGUCUUCCUCCUGUUCUCGAGUGGAAAUCACGAGGCUGGGAGUGAAAAUCUAUCGAGAGCCACUGGGAGACUGAUAUCCACGAGGGAUUUGAUCAAGUGGUGCACCAGAGCCAUCGUCGACUUCGAGGUUUCCUCACCAGAGUCAGCUCUCAAAGUCCUCCAGGAUGCUAUCGAUAUUUUCUGCUGUUCAGUACCAGAUGCAGCUCUGCGACUGGAACUGGCUGUCUCCAUCAGCAAUACUCUGGGGAUCAUCAGCACAAAGGCAGAGUAUUUUGUCAAUUCUCAUAAGCCCUCUGUCUCGGUCCAACCUGAAACUUUCGCAGCAGGUCGAGCCAGGAUAAAUCGUAAAAGUGCACGUUCAGUGCAGUUGGAAGAGAACAAAGUGAACUUCUCAUUCACGAGACCCUCAGCAUCACUUCUAGAACGUGUCACCAGUUGUGUCGCUCACAAGGAGCCUGUGCUGCUCGUUGGUGAGACUGGAACUGGUAAAACUAGUUCGGUGCAGUUUCUGGCUCGCAGUACAGGCCACAAACUCAUCGUCAUCAAUAUGAAUCAGCAGAGUGAGAGUGCUGAUCUCCUUGGGGGAUACAAACCAGUUGAUAUAAGAUUACUGAUAACCCCUAUAAGAGAAGAGUUCGAGAUUCUCUUCAGAUCUUUCUUCGCUAUCGAGCCUAAUAGAAAAUUUCUGGACCACGUGGCUGUGUGCUACAGGGAUGGCAAGUGGAGGACACUGGUGAGUUUGAUGUCUCACAGUGCUGCAGCAGCUGUUGCAAGAUUGAAGAAUGGCAGUCUUUCAUCAUCAUCAUCUUCGGGGAAACGGGCUCGAGGGGCUUCGAAGGAGAGGCCAACUGCCCAACAAGACGCAGAAUUGUUGAUCAAAUGGGGGAAACUGGUGACUAAACUGGAGAAAUUGAAGUCACAGGUGAAGGCAGAGUUCUCUCUGGCGUUUGCGUUCAUCGAGGGGAGUUUGGUGAAAGCCCUGCAGGAGGGACACUGGGUUCUGCUUGACGAGAUCAAUCUGGCGUCGUCAGAAACCCUGGAAUGUCUCUCGGGAUUGCUCGAGGGGUCUUCAGGAUCAGUCUCUCUGCUGGAACGUGGAGACAAUGAAUCGGUCAAGAGACAUCCAGACUUCACGAUGUUUGCCUGCAUGAAUCCAGCUACAGACGUGGGGAAGAAGGAGCUGCCAGUGGGGUUGAGGAACAGAUUCACUGAGUUCUAUGUUGACGAACUGACAGAACGAACAGAUCUCCAACUACUCGUGAGUUCUUACCUUGAUGACCUGAAUCUGCCGUCAGUCAAAGUCGAGUCAAUCGUCAAGUUCUACCUGACAGUUCGAAGUGAAGCACUGCACUCGUUGAACGAUGGAACAGGACACAAACCGCAUUUCAGCUUGAGGACACUGUGUCGAGCCCUGAGUGUAGCUGCUCAGAAUCCCUGUGGAAAUGUCCUGAGGUCCCUCUACGAGGCAUUCUGCUUGAGCUUCCUGACCCAGUUGAACCAAAAUUCGUACCCAGUGGUGCACAGACUGAUUACCAAAACGAUCCUCAAUAAGGAGACAAUGAAAGGCACUUUGGGAGCCCCAAUACCAAAGCCAAGAUGUGGAAGUGACGAGGAUUAUAUCAACUUCGAGGGUUACUGGGUGGUGAAAGGAAGCUUGGAGCCAGAGAAGCCUGAGAACUACGUUCUAACGAGUUCAGUACGUCAGAAUCUCAAGGAUCUGGUGAGAGUCGUGUCCAUAGGAAAGAUGCCAGUGCUUCUUCAGGGUGACACAUCAGUUGGUAAAACAAGUCUGAUCACUUACCUGGCGAAAUCAUCUGGUCAUGUCUGUGUUCGUAUUAAUAAUCACGAGCACACAGACCUCCAGGAGUACGUUGGCAGUUACGUGGCUAGUGAGACUGGGAAACUUGUCUUCAAGGAAGGGGUGUUGGUUGAAGCCAUGAGGAAGGGCUACUGGAUAAUCCUGGAUGAGUUAAAUCUGGCCCCAAGUGAUGUUCUGGAGGCUCUUAACAGAGUUCUCGAUGAUAACAGGGAAUUAUUCAUUCCAGAGACACAGCAAACAGUGAAAGCCCACAGUAACUUCAUGCUCUUUGCUACCCAGAACCCUCCGGGCAUCUAUGGAGGAAGGAAGGUGUUGUCCAGGGCCUUCAGGAACAGAUUCGUCGAGCUUCACUUCGACGAGAUCCCCCCAGCUGAACUGCAGGUGAUUCUUCAUGAACGCUGUCACAUGCCUGAGUCCUACUGCAAGCAAGUCAUCCACGUCAUGACUGAUCUCCAGAUGAGGAGAAAGAGUACAGCAGCUUUCUCUGGUAAACAUGGGUUCAUUACUCUGAGGGACCUGUUCAGGUGGGGUGAGAGGUUCAGACUAGCUGGAAAUGUUGGGGAGGGAUUUUAUGACUGGAGCCAGCAUAUGGCUGAUGAGGGAUAUCUGGUGCUGGCUGCCAAAGUGAGGAAGCCUGAGGAGGCUGAGGAGAUCAGACAGGUCAUCAAGAAACAUCUCAAGAGAGAUGUCGACCCAUCGAAUCUAUUUUCAUUGAGUGACAACACUUCGACUGUGACUAAACCAAUUCUCGAGGCUAUUCUGAACAAACCAAUUCCUGGGUUUGAACACGUCGUCUGGACCUAUCACAUGAGGAGAAUGGCAGUUCUGGUGAUUAAAUCGUGUCAGUUCAAAGAACCAGUUCUGCUGGUGGGAGAGACUGGAGGAGGAAAGACAACAGUCUGUCAGCUAGCUGCUGCUAUGAAGAAUAAACACUUGUGGAGUGUCAAUUGCCACAUGCACACGGAGUCCUCAGAUUUUCUGGGAAAUUUGCGACCAGUGAGGGAUCACAGUGAUGACAAUCAGAAGUUGUUUGAAUGGGUGGAUGGACCACUGAUAGCAGGCAUGAGGGCUGGGGAUAUUUUCUUAGCUGAUGAGAUUUCUCUCGCUGAUGACAGUGUCCUGGAGAGGAUGAACUCACUGCUGGAGCCUGAACGCAGUCUUCUGCUUGCGGAGAAGAGCGCAGAUUCUAAUGUUGAUUCACGUGAAUUGGACAGUGUCAUUACUGCUCACGAGGACUUCUGCUUCAUUGGGACAAUGAAUCCAGGGGGAGAUUAUGGAAAGAAGGAGCUGUCCCCAGCGCUCAGGAACAGAUUCACUGAAAUCUGGUGUGAGGGGUGCACAGACAACUCUGAUCUUCAAGUUAUCAUCGAGCACAAUUUACGUUCACGUCCUCACAUCGACAAUCAGACAAUUGCAAGGGCCAUGAUCACUUUCUUGGACUGGCUGAAGUCCUCUGAAGUUGGCAAACGUUUCUCUGUGAGCAUCAGGGACGUUCUGACUUGGGUUGACUUCAUGAAUUCCUCCUCCACAUUAUCUACGAGUGAGGCUUAUUAUCAUGGCGCUUGUCUAACGUACAUCGACAGUUUGGGCUCUGGUGUAACGGGGACUGAGAGGUACGAGAAGCUAGAGUCAUUCAGAAGAAGUGCCAUUAGCUUUCUGAAGCAUCAGACAAAACAGAACUUUGAGAGAGCAGAGGAGGACAUGAUGAGAACAGACCCUGAGGUGGAGGCUGAAGAACUCUUUGGUGUGGCACCUUUCUACAUUCCCGUGGGACCAAGUGGUAAAUCCGAAGACACUGGUUUCACCUUCACAGCCCCAACGACAAGAGGUAAUGCCCUGAAGGUAUUACGUGCCCUCCAAUUGAAGAAACCCUUGUUGUUGGAAGGAAGUCCUGGUGUUGGAAAGACGAGUUUGGUGUCAGCAAUAGCGAAGGCCUCAGGGCACUCGCUGUUGAGGAUUAAUUUGAGCGAUCAGACUGAUGUAUCAGACUUAUUUGGAGCUGAUUUGCCUCUGGAAGGGGGCAAGGGAGGACAAUUUGCUUGGAAAGACGGCCCUUUCUUGAGAGCUUUGAGGGCUGGAGACUGGAUACUCCUUGAUGAGUUGAAUCUGGCGUCACAGUCUGUACUGGAGGGCCUCAAUGCCUGUCUUGAUCAUCGGGGUGAGGUCUACAUUCCAGAGCUAGGGAAAACCUUCACUGUUAAACCUGGAACGAAGUUAUUCGGCUGUCAGAAUCCAUUGAAACAGGGAGGAGCUAGACGAGGACUUCCCAAGUCUUUUUUGAACAGAUUCACUCAAGUUUUCGUUGAUGCUCUGUCUGACGAUGACCUGAGGAUAAUUACACAGUCUCAAUUCCCAGAGUUGGGGGAGGACCUUAUUGGGAAGAUCGUUGAGUUUAAUUCGAGGGUUUCCUCAAACGCUGGACACACCUGGGGGCAUUGUGGUGCCCCUUGGGAGAUGAAUCUGAGAGACAUCACGAGGCUCUGUGAAUUGAUCAGGUCGUACGGGGCGAGGUCUUCGUUGGAUAAGAGUUUGCUUGAGGCUGUGGCUCUCAUUUAUUGUAGUCGAUGGAGAAGCCCAGAUGACAAGUACGAACUUGCACAGAUUUAUCGAGAGAUCUUUGGAGGGAAUGGGUAUCAGAGCUUGCAGCAUCCCAAGACACCAGUGCUGAAUGUCACUGAUGAGUAUCUUUAUUUUGAUAAUGUGACUGUGAAGAGGACUGAUAAAGCUUACUUCGAGGAUCGUAAUUUGUUGGUGUUGAGGAACCACAUGCCUGUGCUGAAGGGACUGGCUUACUGUGUUAACAUGAAUUGGAUGCCUAUUCUUGUGAGUAUUCGAACCAACUUGAUUUAUCUGAUUUCAUUGAUUCAGUGA